AUGCUGAGGAAGGGAGACAGAGAAGUCCUCCUGGAUCUGGACUAUGGAGGCGAAGCACAAACCACCGAGAGCUAUGGGAGUCUGCAGAACGGAGUCUACAUCCCACCAAGAUAUCUUUCAGCAGCAGCUGCUGACGAAGAUAUGGACGGUGAUGUUCCCAUUGACCGUCACUGGAAUACAAGAAGUAACCAGCCAGUUCCACAGCCGGGGACAUACUUCAGAGAUGGAAGAACUAAAAUUGACUUCGUGCUGGUGUGGGAGGUUCGCUCGCGGAGGAAGAAGCGAGGGAAGGGGAAGAGUGAAGCGACCUGUGAGGAGGGGGGGGCCGUGCCCCCCGAGGAGACCAGCCGCUCUGAGCGGAGGAAGGCCCAGCUGGAACAGUGGAGGGAGAGGUUUGUUCAGAACCUGGAGAGUGCUGGACUGCUCAUGGAAAAGGAGGAAACAGCGAAUGAAAAGAAAACAAUACACUUUCUGAAAGUGAAUGCUCCCUGGGAUGUGAUGGUGUGCUAUGCUGAGGAACUCUGUCUGAGAGCUCCACUACAGGCACAGCCAAAUCUGGAUUUAAACACUUCUGCUCGGGUACUGAGCAGACUAUGCAUACCUAAUGUCAUGACAGAGUCGGUGCCAAACCGGCCACUGGACUAUUACACGUGUGCAUUUCGCAAGUCGAAGAUGAACAGAUUCCUCGGCUCUGAGGACCAUGAAUCCUACUUCACUAAUACACAGAGACACCGUGUUGUGUAUGAGAUUCUUACCAAGACGGUUUACGGCAGAAAGAAGAGGUCUGAAGUUGGCGUGGACAGAUUGAUAAAUGAAGGGGCGUACACUGCAGCGUUCCCCCUGCAUGAGGGCCCGUUUGAACUUCCUAAGUUUGAGAUCCGUCCUGAUGAACUCAACCAGAGGCAGGUUCUUUACCACUACUGGGCCUGCUGGUUCGAAUGGUACAAGUACCAACCUCUGGACCACAUCAGGGACUACUUUGGAGAGAAGAUUGCUCUCUACUUUGCAUGGCUGGGUUUCUACACAGCCUGGCUGCUGCCGGCAGCUGUGGUCGGAACCCUAGUCUUUGUUUCGGGAGUCAUGUCCAUGGGCACCAACACACCAGCUAAGGAAAUCUGUACGAGUGGAGACAAGUAUCUGAUGUGUCCUCUCUGUAACACCUGUAACGCCUGGAACAUGUCUGAAAUCUGCACCAUGGCCAAGAUGGGCUACUUAUUCGACCACCCGGGUACGGUCCUCUUCAGUGUGUUCAUGUCCUUCUGGGCCGUAACCUUUCUGGAGUACUGGAAGAGAAAGAUGUCCACCCUGGCCCAUCACUGGGACUGCAUGGACUUCCAUGAAGAAGAGGAGCGUCCUCGGCCAGAGUUUGCAGCCAAGGCCCCGACUAUGGAGCAGAACCCAGUGACUGGAGUCCAAGAGCCCUACUUUCCAGAAAGAACCAGGCUGACCCGCAUGUUCACAGGCUCCAUGGUCAUCAUAAUGAUGCUGUGUGUGGUGAUCAUCUUCCUGGUGACGGUGGUCAUGUGCCGCGGGAUCAUCAUUGUGAUGAUGUUCCACACUGAGAGCCCGGUCCUGCGUACAGAGGCAGGGACCAUAGCCAACAUCUCCAGCAGUAUCGUGAACCUGGGCCUCAUCCUGUUGAUGGGCCGGGUCUACACUGCUUUAGCAGAGCAGCUCACUAAAUGGGAGAUGCACAGAACACAAACCCAGUAUGACAAUGCCUUCAUCUUCAAGGUGUUCAUCUUCCAGUUUGUCAACUUCUACUCUUCUCCUUUCUACGUGGCUUUCUUUAAAGGAAGGUUUGUUGGUUACCCAACCAACUAUGGGACCUUGUUUGGGAUGAGGAAUGAGGAUUGUGGUCCUGGGGGUUGUCUCAUCGAACUGGCUGAGCAACUCUUCAUCAUCAUGGUGGGAAAGCAACUCAUCAACAACAUCCAGGAGUUCAUUAUCCCUAAAGUGAAGGCCUGGCAGCAGAAAAGAAGUUUGGCCAAGGUUCUGGGGGGUAAGGCAUCCCACGAGCCUCGGCGCUGGGAGGAAGAUUACAAGCUGGUGGAGUGUGAAGGCCUCUUUGAAGAGUAUCUGGAAAUGGUGCUCCAGUUCGGGUUCAUCACCAUCUUUGUGGCUGCCUUCCCCCUCGCUCCGCUCUUCGCCCUCCUCAACAACUGGGCGGAAAUCCGUUUGGACGCACACAAGUUUGUGUGCGAGUACCGGAGGCCGGUGGCCGAGCGUGCCCAGAACAUCGGAGUGUGGUUCAACAUCCUGGAAGCCCUGUCGCACAUGUCUGUCAUCGCCAAUGCCUUUCUAAUAGCCUUCACAUCCGAUUUCUUACCUCGUCUGCUCUACCAGUACAAAUUCGAUAAUGAGCUCCACGGAUACGUCAACUUUACCUUGGCUUACGCCCCACUCAACCACACUGACAUCUGCAGAUAUAAAGCGUACAGAGACAACAAUGGAAACCACACACUAUUCUACUGGGAGCUCCUCGCUGUCAGACUUAGUUUCAUCAUUGCUUUUGAGCACGUGGUGUUCUUUGUGCUGCGAGCCAUCGACUGGAUCGUACCUGACGUCCCUGAGUCCCUGGAGGUGAAGAUCAAGAGGGAGCGCUACCUGGCCAAGCAAGCUCUGGCUGAGAACCAGGAGGCUCUGUUGGUGAGUCGAACCCGAGGGGCUGCCCCUGCCUGUGCGGGCACCGCUAGCCCAGGUCAGUAG